ACCGGCCGGAAGGGGGGACUCUUUGAAUUGGUCGAGAGCCACCAUGUCGGACGCCGAGGAAGAGCCGAGUAACCAGCGCGCGCUGUUAAUCCCCGUUAAGAACUCGGAGCAGGCCGUUGAGGUGUUUGUAGAUGAACUACCGGAAGAUGUGAAUGACAUCAUCGACAUCUUGCGCGCCGAGGUGGCGCCGCUCGACGUGUGGCUCCAGUUCGCCGUAGAGUACUAUAACCAGGGCCAUGUAGCUCAGUUCCAGGAGAUCCUGGCUGUAGCGUCGGAACCAGGUAUUGAGGAGAUCUACAAGGACAAUGCGUCGCGCAUGUGCCGCAUAAAAUUCUUCAUCGCGCUGGCCAGCCACGCCGUAAACGCCAUGUGGAACGAGGAAGACGAGAAGAAACGUGAAGCCAUUUCUCAACGUGCCGUGGGUUUCUUCCAGCGUGCUGAUCGUCUAGAUCACCAGCAUCCAAUGACGCUUGUUGGUAAAGCGCUUAUGUUUAUGGCCAAGAAUGAGGACGACCGCGCUGAUCGCUUUAUCAAAAGUGUGCUUAUCUCCAACAAGACCAACCUUCCCGCCAUCCUGGGUAAGGCGCUGCUGCUGUACCGCAAGAAACAAUACAAGGACGCUAAGAAGCUGUAUUUGGAGGCUAUUAAACUGCACCCGCGCAGUCCACAAGCUGCCAACAUGCGCAUGUGCUUCGCCUAUUGUUGCUACCACUUGGGAGCCGUGGAAAAAGCCCGUGCUGUCAUGAAAUACACCGCGUCUUUGGACGAGACCAAUGUGGACGCAGUGAUUGCGAGUGCUCUAUGGCAACUUGCAAGCCAGAGUCGAGAGGAGCGCGCUGUCAGCAUCCGCGACGAAAGUUCGCGCUUUAUGAUAAUGAUCCACCACGCCCACGCUAUCGACAAGACGAACCCAACGGUGCUGAAUCAUCUGGCCAAUCACUAUUUCUCUCAAUGGAUCCCUCUGCCUUGCACAGUGAGUGUGGUGCGUGGAUCUGCUGUUGUGGCCACAUCUAAGGACAUCUCCAGUGAGGUGUCACCCGGUCAGAUUAUCUGCAUUGGAGACAAGUACGUUGCAUACAUUAGUCGUGACGAAGAUGCCGUCUCGUCGGCUGGAAUCAAGCUGGAUGGCCCGUAUCGUGAUGAGUCUGCCACAGCCACGAACAUUGCGCGUAAGGACUACGAUAAGAUGUUUACACUCGCAGGCAAUGCGUUCCACAGUACGAAGAUCCCUGAAAUCCGCUCGGAAAGUUGUUAUCUCAUGGGUCGUGGUUGCCACGCGCAGGGCAAGUACAAGGACGCUUACAGCUACUACUUCAAUGCUGGACGUCUUUGGCCGAAGUUUGUGCUUCCGUGGUUUGGACUAGCUCAGAUGUAUUACGAGCGCAAGGAGUUCACAAAGGCUGCUUCGUACUUAGAGAAGGCGAACAAGGCGUACCCGGAGAACGUGGAGAUCCUGUCGCUUCUCGGUGAUGUGUACGGCAAGCUUGGCAAGAAAGAUGAGGCUGUCGUCUUGCUUCGACGUGUCGUGGAGUUGGAACCUGGCAACGUGGAGGCACUGAUCGGCACGGCUGAGUUGCUGCACGGAUCUCCAGAGCGGAAAGACCAGAUUAUUGCCAUCUCUUCGUACAUUGCGGCGGAAAAGGUCAUGAACAAUGCUUCGGAGCGCGUGCCUAUGGAAGUUUACGUCAACUUAGGUGUGCUCCAGCAACGUGUCGGCAAGACUGCUGAUGCUAUCACAUGCUUUAAGAAGGCACUCAAACGGUUGGGCGAUGAUAGCAGCCUCGAUGAAGAAAGCAAGUCGGAAGAGGCUGAUGCUCUGGCUGAGGAGGCCUCAACCCCCAAGCCGACGGAGGUAAAUGUCACGAUUCUGUACAAUAUGGGUCGCGUAUACGAGGAAAUGGGUAACCGUGAUCGUGCCAAGAAGCUUUACGAUGCGAUUUUAGAAGUUUUCCCGAGAUACACCGACUGUUUACUGCGUUUGGGCUGCAUGCUGCGCGAUCGUGGUCAAGAGACUGAGGCUAUCAAGACGUUCGAUAAGGUACUGGAGGUAGACCCGGCGUGUGCUGAGGCCUGCUUGCUCCAGGGCAAUAUCCAUUUGAAGAAGCGUGAGUGGGUGUUUGCUCAGAAGAAAUACGAAAAGGUGAUGGGAAUGCCCGGGCUCAAGAACGACCCGUACGCAUUCUUAUCCAUGGGCAACAUCUUUAUGAGCAACCUAGGCGAGAAGAAUCGCUACACCAAGAAUAUGUCGCUGAGCGAAGUGUACUACAAGAAGACGCUGGCGUCUCACCCACACAACAUCUACGCUGCCAACGGAUUGGGUAUUAUGAUCGCUGAGAAGGGCAAUUUUGAGCUUGCCAAGCAGAUUUUCUCGCAAGUGCGUGAAGCCAGCCCGGACAUGCCUGAUGCGUGGAUCAAUCUUGCUCACAUUUUCGUCGCUGAGGAACGUUACCAAGAGGCGAUCCAGCUUUACACUGUGUGUCUGACCAAGUGCUAUCAGGGACAAGACCUCGAAGUGUUGCUGUAUCUGGCAAAGGCUUACUACGAGUCGAAGGAUUUCCCGAGCUGCAUCGCCACGCUGUCUCGUGGCUUGCACAUGUACCCGAACGACCUGCGGCUGUGGUACAACACAGGUCUUGCCCAGGAAGACUAUGCAGUAACAACGCUAGGCCAAGAGACUACCGUCGCACGGUCAGGCAGUGGCAGUGCAGUACCUCAACUUCGUACCAUGGCAGAUGUGCAGCGCGCUAUUCUGGAUCUGAAGCGAGCGCAGCGCAUUUUCCGCUUCCUGCUCCAGCAAGCCGAGGCCAGUAGCACUUCUAGCUCUAGCGAGAAGAAGAAGCAUCACAACAGCCUGCCGUUCGACAAGGAGAAGGUGUCCGAUCACGAGAAGUUCUGUGGCGACACAUUGACGAAGGCUAGCUAUCACUUGGAGUUCGAGCGACAGAAGGAGGAGAAGCGUCGGUUGGAGAUCGAAGCCCAGCGUAAGCUGCUGCGUGAGUACGAAGAACGUGUGGCUCGUGAACAGGAGGAGGCGCGUGUGAAGGAAGAAGACAUGCGCAGACGUCAUGAAGACAUUCGACUCAAGCAGGACGAGCGAUUGAAGAAGCUGCACGAAGGCUGGAGUGUGCGUGAGCGUGAGGAGGAGGAGAAGAAGGUCGUCAAGAAGAAAGGAGGCAAGAAGCGCAAGAAAGCGGAAGACGAGGACGGCGGCUUCAUUGAUGACGGUGAGGACGAGGUGGAUGAAGACGGUGACAAUAGCAUGUCGAUUGAGGACAUGAAGAACCGCAAUUCGACCAUGAAGAAGCUGGUGGAGAAGCGCAGCAAGCGCGCGCGAGUGGAUUCUGGCUCGGAGAACGAGAAGGACGACCCGACUGGUCUCUUUGGCUCCGACUCCAGCGACGACGAGCAGGAGGAAUCCAAGCCAAGUGAAACAGACAGAGACGCAGACAAGCCUGCUAAGGAUGAUGUAGCAGCGGAAAGCCGCGAAGCAGAGAAGAACGAGCUCUUUGGAUCUUCUUCCGAGGACGAGGAUUAGGCCAAUGGUAGUAUCUACGUGUAUUGAAGGGUUUAUGCUACCACAUUCUCUUCAUAAAGCUUUUCCGAUUGAACCACAUGUCGCGGGAUAAUUCUUGGGUGGUACAUGUAUAUUUCAGGGUGUAGCCAUUGCUUGCGAGAGAUUUGGUGGGCAUUUGAAACCCAAAAUUCACACC